AUGGAUAAGUGGUUAAAUAGAGCAACAGACAAUAAAUCUACGUCUGAAAACUGUUCAGUAAGUUCUGCUUCAAAGUUAGAAAGUGCAAGUCAAGAUGUGAAUAAUCCUAUGAAAAUAAGAAAAUGUGUAAGGAAAUAUUAUCCUGAGUACAUUAAUAUUGGGUUCGCGGUCAUAGACGUAAGUAAUGAGCCUCGGCCUCAAUGUGUUAUCUGUUUUGAAAUUCUUUCCAACCAAAAAAACAAACCAAAGGACUAUUUCGUUCGAAAAUUGUCAGAGAUGAAAAGCACGAAGAAAAUUAUAUCAUCUUUUAGCGGUAGUACUGAAAAAGCAGUGGAAGCAUCUUUCUUAGUGAGCUUAAGAAUAGCGAAGUGUGGAAAACCUCAUACCAUCGGCGAAGAACUGUUUUUACCGGCGGCAAAAUAUAUGGUAACUUGUAUGUUAGGUGUUCCGUCAGCUAAACAACUUGAUAUGAUAUCACUGUUAAAUGAUACAGUUCGCCGCAGAAUUGAAAAAAAUUGUACUUUCAUACAUUGCAGCAUCCACAGGGAAGCUUUAGUAGUAAAACGUAUGCCAGAACAAUUUAAACUAGUACUCCAGGAAGCCAUAAAGGUAGUCAAUUUUAUUAAAUCUUGGGCUCUACAGUCUCGUUUAUUUACAAAACUGUGUUCCGAAAAGGGAAGUGAUCACAUUCAAUUGCUUUUACAUACGGAAUUAUUCCUAGGAGAGACUAAUUUUGAACUCAAAGAUAAAUUGACAGAUAACCUGUGGAUAACAACAUUGGCCUACUUAUCAGACAAUUUCAAUCGUAUCAAUGUAUUAAAUUUAAUUUUACAAG